AAAGGGCGAACAGACGAUCACGAUGGUGCUAUCGGUAUUCGUGUUUUACUGUUGUUUGUUUCUUAUGCAUGCGGACGGGCAGUUGAUCGACAAUCGGUGCUACCUGGACGGUGGCGGCUCCACGGUCAACUUCUUCGCCAACGAGGACAUCACGGUGGGCUCGUCGGUGGGUUCGCUGCGCGUGCUCGGCGACCCGGGCAAGGACAUUGUGCUGACGUUACGCGAAAAGGACUCCCCGGUGUACAUUGCGCAGGGCACGAAGGACCUGAUCGUGGCGAAACCGCUGGACAAGGAGGGACUCAUCGGGCCGUCGGCGGUCUUUGUGAACGUGAUCUGCGAGCGCAAAUUUGCCGACGAAGCGGGCAUCAUCAUACCGGUGAACAUCCGGGUUACGGACGUGAACGACAAUGCACCGGUGUGGAUCGGCGCCCCGUACAAGCUGAACCUGUCCGAGGUGACGGUCAUUGGAACGCGAAUACUCCAAGGCAUUCGGGCCAUCGAUCUCGAUCAACCCGGACCGUACUCGACGGUGGAGUACCAGACGCUUCCGGGGCCGUACAGCGAGUACGUUGCGUUCGUGACGCCCCUCGAGGGCACGCUGGUGCUGAAGCGGUUCAUCGACUACGAGACGGUGCAGAACUUUACGGUGAAAAUCCGGGCCCAGGAUCAGGGCAAACCGCCCAAGUACUCGGACACGCACGUCACGAUCGUCGUGCUCGAUUCGGACGAUCAGAACCCGAAGUUUGUGCGCGACGUCUACUACGGCCAGCUGCCUACGGAGGUGGGCGAGAUCAGGACGACACCCGAGUCGAUCCGUGCCGAAGACCAGGACCGUGGUAUCCGGGCGGACAUUCGGUACUCGAUCGUGUCCUCGAACGGGUCGGAGGAUGAAGCGAGCUUUGAGAUUCACCCGACCAGUGGGCGGGUGAAGUUGGUUCGUUCCCUGGCGCCGUCGCAAGCGCGGCACUCGCGGACGCUCGUCGUGAAGGCGACCCAGGUGGACAAUCCGGAUCGGUAUGCGCUCACCACGGUGAUCCUGUCGGCACCGAAGCCGACGGGCACGGAAGCACCAGCUGCCGGUGCCACACAGCCGACGGUCGAAAGAGCCGAUUUUGUACGGGGCACGUUCUACGCCACGGUACGUGAAGACUCCCGGCCGGGAACGCUGGUGUCGCAGCUUACCACCAGGCCGGGUUUCGCUUCGAAAGACGGGCGGCUACGGUACGCCGUCGUCGGGUCGUCGCUGGCUCAGGACACGUUCCGUGUGGGACCGGCCGGGGAGAUUAUCCUGGCGAAGCCGCUAACCUACCGCCGGACGCCGCAGUACUCGUUCACGAUCGACACGAUCGACGACAGUGUCGGGGGUCGCAAUUACAGCACGGGCGUCGUGAUCGACGUGCUGCCGGCCAACGUGUGGGAACCGCGGUUCCGGAAGCCGUUCUACUCGUUCGUCAUCGACGGUAACCCCGCGCAAACUGGCCCCCGGCAGCUGCCCGUCCUGGUGGGCAGGAUCGAGGCGGCGGACGGGGACCGAACCGACGAGCUGGCGUUUACGCUGAAGGGCAACUACAGCCAUCUGUUCCGGGCCGAUCCGUACGGGAACCUGUGGCUGGUGUCGAACCGGUCCGAUCUGCCGGUGGCUAUGCGCCUGCUGGCCACCGUCACCGACUCGGGCACGCCACCGAAAUCGGCUACCGUGCCGGUGGUGGUGAAGCUGCGCCCGGACACGGCGAACGCCUUUACGUCCAACCUGCUGCUGCUGAUCAACAUCGUUGUGGCGUCUAUUCUCGGCACGCUGCUGCUGGUUGGGUUCGUGCGCUGCGUCCACCGACGCCACCGGAAGCGGAAGGUUUCUUCCGCCGAGCAGAUUGUGGCCCACGGUAACGGGACGGGCGGGCCGGCCCUGAAGCACGGUACCGCCUCCAGCCGGUUCCUGCUGCAGCGGCCCGAACAGCGGAUGCUGGAGCGAUCGUCGGUCGCCGGCCAUCGGCAUACCGGGGUCGCCGGGGACUGUGCCGCUUCGUCGACCUACGGUAGCGACAAUCAGGACUUUCUCGAGAGCGAAAGAGAUCACCCGAGACGAUCGCAGGCACGACCACUGACACAGGAAGAGCUGGCCGGGCAGAACCUGAACCACCUGCUGUUGCACUGGCAGGAGAAGUACGACGAAAAGAGCAACUGCCCGGAAGACGUGUCGAUCGACGAUAAGCUGAUCGUUUACUUUUGAACCUGUCAGACUGGACGUCGUGUGGAGAGCUCCGGUUUUGGACGAAACUCUGCUCCGGUU